AUGCCCUCUACACUUGGCGAAUCAGUGGAUGACCGUAAAACGGUCCUUAUCACCGGAGCCGGCGUUGGCGGCAUCGGAGGAGAGCUGGCGAAGGAGUUCCACAGAAAAGGAUACCGCGUGUUCGCUACCGCCCGCCGCCUCGAAACCGUAAUCGAGCUCGAAGACGCCUUCGGCAUCGAGAUCCUCCCGCUUGACGUGACAUGCACCGCAAAUAUCCAGUCCGUGCGUGACGAGAUUGCGUUACGCACUGGCGGGCGGCUGGACGUGCUUGUUAAUAAUGCAGGCUACUCCCGCAUCGCGGCAGCAACAGACCUUGAGAUUGACACGGUCGUCAAGGACAUGUUCGAGACCAACCUCUUCGGCGUGAUGCGCAUGGUGCAGGAAUUUGUAGCGCUGCUGAUCGCAGCGGAGGGCGGCGGCACGAUAGUGAAUGUGGGCUCGAUUGCGGGCGUCAUGCCAUAUGUAUUUGGGAGUGCGUAUGGCGCGAGUAAGGCGGCGUUGCAUAGCUAUGCGGAUUGUUUGAGGGUUGAGUUGGCACCGUUUGGGGUGAAGGUUAUAACGGUCAUCACCGGCGGCAUCAGUUCAAACAUUGCGCGGCACUCGAUAGCCAGUUCGUUUCUACCCUCCACAUCUCUCUACCUCCCAAUCAUAUCCCACUUCCGCGCGCGCGCAGGAAACUCACAGGUCAACGCGCAGUCGGCAACAGACUACGCGCGCGCCGUCGUGCGCCAAGUCAUGAAGCCCGACUGGCGUAAGCCGCUGUGGUACUGGCGCGGGCACUUUGCGAAGAUGGCGUGGUUUGUGAGCACGUUUUUGUGGAAGGGGGCUUUUGAUUAUGGGAUGAAGAAGAAGUUUGGGUUGUUGGAGAUGAGGAAGAAGUGGUUAUUGACGGAGCGGGAGAGGAAGAAGGGGGAGGGGGAGGAGGGGGGUAGUAGGGUGGAGGUGAAGAAGAUUAAGGGGUAUUAG